GUCUCAAAUCACUUUGUUACCCUUGUUCCCUCCCUUAACUAGUGUCUACCUGAUGGGGGUGGUUCAGUAAUUCUACUAGUGCAGAUAAACACAAACCUCCAUGUCCCAAACCGAAAAAAUAACUGCCAGUAACCGCUUUUCCACUACAAAACCAAACCCUCCCACCAUUCUUACACUUUUUUCUUUCUUCACUAUUCCAAAGCUCUGUCUCUCUCUGCCAUGACCAACAACAAUACUGAAUCAGAUCUCCAUUUUCGCUUUCCUUCCUCCCCAUCUCACAAUAUCAUCCCAUAUUUUUCUCCCUCUUCAAGCACCUACCAGCCGCCCCAAGACUCCCGCAAAAAGCGCUCCCGGAUGAUGAAGACAGACUUUGGUGCUGCAGCGACUACGAGCAGUGGUGGCGUCAAUGACAUUAUUUCCAGGCCAAUGCAGAGCAAGAAACCCGACCCGUCAGCGCCAAAGAUCACUCGACCCUGUAGCGAGUGUGGGAAGAAGUUCUGGUCUUGGAAGGCACUUUUUGGGCACAUGAGAUGCCAUCCAGAGCGCCAGUGGCGCGGUAUCAACCCUCCUUCCCAAUUUCGUCGACCCUUCUCGCCACCACCGAUGAAUAAUGACGAUGAGGCCUCGAUGAUGAUGACGACCACUGAGGAGGACCAGGAAGGUGCAGCUUGUUUGCUUAUGUUGGCUUAUGGAGAUGUAGAGCCACAACCAGAAGUAAUUCCUCAAAUCCAAGAAACAGAGUCAAUGAAUUGCAGGUUCGAGUGUUCAAGUUGCAAGAAAGUUUUCGGGUCUCGACAAGCACUAGGUGGUCAUAGAGCUAGUCACAAGAAUGUCAAGGGAUGUUUCGCCAUAAACAGAAGCAAUGAGGAGGAAUUGGUGGAGGAACAUAGCAGUGGAGGAGGAGCAGAGGAGGAUAAUGAUAUGGUGAUGGGUUUAGGACACAAGUGCAGCAUCUGUUUGAGGGUUUUUUCAAGUGGACAAGCAUUGGGAGGGCACAAGAGGUGCCAUUGGGAGAAAGUAGAUGAUCUCAUGAAUAUUAACAUUUCCAAAGAUUCAGGUUUUGGCAAUGUAGACCUCAAUUUGCCUGCUCCAGUUGAACAACAUGAUCUUGAUCAUCAUGAUUGCUCAUCAUCUUCUUAUUCUUCAGGCUUUGCAUUGGAUUUAAGGUUAGGACUUUGAAGUAAACAGA